CUAACCCCAUACGUCAGCACCGUGUAUGGUUGUCGCCGACGCAACUUCCAACAAGUUUGUAGCAACUCAAGGAUAACAAGUUGUUGCGGGAGUCUCUGCAUCAGAAGCACGAGAUCUGCACGUGCUAUUACCCACUAUGAAGAAAUACAUGGUCGUUUGGGGCGCCACGUUUUUCGUGGUAGUUUGUGUCUCGCUCUAUCUGAUGAUGGAAUCCGUGUCCACAAACAUGGGGAAAUCUCAGGAGCUGGACGCUCGAUUGGUCGAGGACAAAAUUGCGAGGAUCCAGUCAGACAUCGUGAAGAACCAGCAGACCAUAAAAGAAAUCAAGAGCUAUGUUCGGUCAAUGAGUCACGGAGACUCGGCCGUUCUCGAGAAACUCCAGCGAGUUCUCGACCAACAGGAGGCCAGUCAGGGGGCGGAGCUACAGGGCGUUGUCAAGGGCAACCAGGUCAAACCUCAGGUGUAUCAGUCGGGGGGUGAGGUCAAGCUCAGCGGGGAUACGUGUAGUCUGGCUGAGGGCCCAAACCCAGAGAGUGACAUACAGAUGAUGAAGGUUUAUGAGGAGCUGAAGUUUGAGAAUCCUGACGGCGGGGCGUGGAAGCAGGGCUGGCGGGUGACGUAUCCCGAAGGGAAGUGGAACUCGGACAACCUUCUACAUGUGUUUGUCCUACCUCACAGCCACACUGACCCAGGUUGGGUAAAGAAGUAUAUGGACUACUAUACGCAGCAAACAAAGCCAAUCCUGGACAAUGUUCUCAACUUCCUGUCUGCGGACCCGCGUCGGAGAUUUAUUUAUGCAGAACUCUCCUUCUUCUCUCUGUGGUGGGAGUCGCUCAGUGAGAGCCGCAAAGAACAGGCCAGAAAGGUGCUUCGAAACGGACAGCUGGAGAUAGCGACAGGGGGGUGGGUGAUGAACGACGAAGCCAACACACACUACGCAGCAAUGGUGGACCAGCUUAUUGAGGGGAACCAGUAUAUUCAUGCUGUUUCAGGUUUCACUCCCCGUUCUGGCUGGGCUAUUGACCCUUUUGGACACACUCCCACCAUGGCCUAUCUGCUGAAUAGGUCAGGGGUCAAGGGGAUGUUGGUGCAGAGAGUUCACUAUGCCAUCAAAAAACACUUGGCAAGGAGCCAAAACCUGGAGUUUAUGUGGAGACAGCUCUGGGACAAGGACGGAAGCUCGGACACCCUGUGUCAUGUGAUGCCCUUUUACUCCUACGACGUUCCUCACACCUGUGGGCCGGACCCCAAGAUCUGCUGCCAGUUCGACUUUGCCCGGAUGUCCCCUGGUCGGUACAACUGUCCGUGGAGAGUUCCUCCCCAGGCCAUCACUGAGGGCAAUGUGGCUGACAGAGCUGCCAUGUUGAUUGAUCAAUACAAAAAGAAGGCCUCGCUGUACCGCAGUAACGCUCUGUUCAUACCGCUAGGCGACGACUUCAGAUACGACCAAGCGGAGGAAUGUGAGAGACAAUUCAACAACUACCAGAAAAUAUUUGACUACCUGGACAAAAACCCACAGUUAGGAGUGAAGGCCCAGUUUGGAACCCUGUCAGAGUACUUUGACAAGAUCCAUGAAUUGUCUGGAUCAGAGCCUGGUUCCCGUCCCCGGGAAUAUCCAGUUCUUACCGGGGACUUCUUCACGUACGCUGAUAAAGACGACCAUUACUGGUCUGGAUAUUUCACAUCCAGACCGUUCCAGAAACAGAUGGACCGCAACAUUGAGACCAACCUGAGAUCAGCAGAGAUCGCAUUCAGUCUCGCCGCAGUGUACCAGAGGAAGCACCGCCUCUCGGGAUUCCCCGAGGACCAGUUGAUGCGGCUACUUGUGGAGGCUCGUAGGAACCUAGGGCUUUUCCAGCACCACGAUGGCAUCACGGGAACUGCUAAGGAUUUUGUGGUGGUGGACUAUGGAGAAAGGCUACUGAAAGCUGAGAACAACUGUAAGACCAUCAUCACUGAGGCUGUGUCCUUCCUCUCCAUGGCAACCAAGAGCGAUUAUAAACAAAACAUCUUCUUUGACAUUGAUGAAAUCAGAAAGAACCACGACUCUCUGAUAACAAAGAACGUGAUUCAAGUCAGCGAUAAACCAAGCUCUGUUCUACUGUUCAACUCCCUCACCCACCCCAGACAGGAAGUAGUCACCCUCCAUGUCAGUGACCCCAAUAUUGAGGUCAAGGAUGCUAAGGGCAAGGUCAUAACCUCCCAGACUGACCCUUUCUGGAAGGAUUCCAAUGAGAUGUCUCAGGAUAGAUUUAAGCUGUCCUUUGUGACUGAGCUGCCCGCCCUGGGGAUCGUCAGAUAUCAGAUAUCACAGAGAAAGGACAGCUCCAGCAACAGUCUGGCCACGGUCACGUACUACCAUGGAGACGGACCCUCAUCUCAGUCUAAGUUUUCAGUAGAGAAGAAGGAGUCUUCAGAAUUCUCAAUAGACAACUCUUUCCUGGAGGCGAAAUUCUCCGGCUCCACCGGCCUACUUCAGAGUGUGACAGUGAAAUCCACAGGUGAAAAGCACAGGUCAGAGGUCAGUUUUCACACUUACGGGGCUCGGGGAGGUAAAGAACGAAGCGGGGCGUACCUGUUCCUACCUGAUGGAAAGGCCAAGCCCCUGUCUGUUGGACACCCAGUGAUACGGGUUGUGAGAGGACCGUUGGUGUCAGAAGUCUCUGUUUUCAUCAACCAUGUCCAACACGUGGUCAGACUUUACAAUUCUCCAGGUGUGGAUGGUAAGACAGUAGACAUGUUCAAUUUGGUGGAUAUUCAGAACGAGGUCAAUCUGGAACUAGCAGUGAAGAUCUCCACGGAUGUCCAGAACUCAGAGAGGGAAUUCUUCACCGACCUCAACGGAUUCCAGAUGAUAAAACACAAGGUGUUUGACAAGCUUCCAAUACAGGCCAAUGUUUAUCCAUUGCCAGCAAUGGCAUUCAUUGAGGACGACAAAACUCGCUUCAGCGUCCUGACGGCUCAAUCUCUGGGCGUGGCCAGUCUAAAAACAGGUGAGAUCCAGGUGAUGUUGGACCGCACACUGAACCAGGACGACAUGAGGGGCCUAGGUCAGGGGGUUAGGGACAACAAAGUGACCCCAAACAGGUUCAGGCUGCUGUUUGAGAGGAGAAGCACACCGCCAAUUAAAGCCAAGUUAUCAGGAUUUCCUUCUAUGUUUGCUCAUGUGGCAUAUCUACACUUAGUUCAUAAAAUCCAAAAGAUUCCACAAAAAAGCUCAAUAGAAGUACCACCAUUACUGUCCGAGAAUUCCUUCUUGUCAGUGCCACUUCCGUGUGAUGUGCACUUGUUGAACUUGAGAUCUCUACAGAAGAGCUAUGACGGGGACAUCAAAAGGGGAGACGACUCCGCCCUGCUGCUUCACAGGUUGGGGGUUGACUGUGGGAUACCAAGCUCAGGGUUACAGUGUAAAGACACACAGGGCAAGGUAAAAUUACGUGAUCUAUUCAAUGAUGCUCUGGGUGUGAAAGAAAUUCAAAGAACGUCCUUGACCUUGCUCCACGACAAAGGUCCCACUUCUCUUGACAGUGAUUUGACCUUGAGCCCUAUGGAAAUAUACAGUUUUAAGGUCAAAUGGUGAAUAUGUGAAUGUUUCUACUGAUACUUAAAUUAAGUUCAGGAUAAUUUGUGCGGUAGGUACUAGAGUGAGACCAAAGGAUUAAUGUAGUACAUGAUGUGUGGCUUGUAUAUGUGACGGAGAGAACGAAAUGUUAAAGACAAACCAACUAUAAUUGUUUAUUCAAUACUGUGAGGUAAUCAUUGUUUGAGGGGAUCCUUUGUCAGUGGAUCUUGGAAAUCACCAUUUAUUACAAGUUUGCAUUUGUGUAAUUUUGUUUUGUUACCACAGUGAUUAACUCAGACUGCAAUAUAACAAGUUACCCGUGUAUUGUCAAACAAUUUAAACAAUAAUUGUAUUAAUUGUUGGUUUGAUUAUUUUAAUCCAUGUUCAUAUCAAAUAUAUUUUACAAUUUUAAAGAUUUAUUCCCCUUUUUAGUUCACCUGAGCUGAAAGCUCAAGUGAGCUUUUCUGAUCACUUUUUUGUCCUGCUUGCAUCUAUCCGUCUGUCUGUCUCUCUGUCUGUCUCUCCGUCUUUAAAUUUUUUACAUUUUCGACUUCUUUUCCAUAACCACUGGCCCAAUUUCAACACAAUUUGGCACAAAGCAUACUUAGGUGAAGGGGAUUCAAGGUGUUUUUUUUUUAAGUGAAGGGUCACGUCAUCUUUAAAAGGGAAAUUUCUAAGAAUUAUAAACACUUGGUUUGAAUUUUCAAAAAAUCUUCUUAAAUACCAUUGACCAGAAAAGCUGUAUUUUGCAUGGAAGCAUUCUCAGGUAGGGUAGAUAUAGGUUUGUUCAAUUCAUGAUCCUAAGGGGUACAAUGGGGCCACAAUUGGGGUUGAAUUUUUACAAAGGAAUUUAUAGAGAAAAACAUUUAAAAAUCUUUUUAUCAAGAACUAAUUGAUCAGAAAAACUGUAACUUGUUUGGAAGCAUCCUCAGGUAGUGUAAAUUGAAGUUUGUUCAAACCAUGAUCCUAAGGGGUACAAUGGGGCCGCAAUUGGGGGUCAAAUUUUUACAAAGGAAUAUAUAGAGAAAAACAUUUAAAAGUCUGUUUAUGAAGAACCAAUUGAUCAGAAAAACUGUAACUUUUUUGGAAGCAUCCUUAGGUAGUGUAAUUUGAAGUUUGUUCAAACCACGAUCCUAAGGGGUACUAUGGGGCCGCAAUUGGGGGUCAAAUUUUUACAAAGGAAUAUAUAAAGAAAAACAAUCAAAAAUCUUUUUAUCAAGAACCAAUUGAUCAGAAAAACCGUAACUUGUUUGGAAGCAUCCUCAGGUAGUGUAAAUUGAAGUUUGUUCAAACCAUGAUCCUAAGGGGUACUAUGGGGCCGCAAUUGGGGGUCAAAUUUUUACAAAGGAAUAUAUAAAGAAAAACAUUCAAAAAUCUUUUUAUCAAGAACCAAUUGAUCAGAAAAACCGUAACUUGUUUGGAAGCAUCCUCAGGUAGUGUAAAUUGAAGUUUGUUCAAACCAUGAUCCUAAGGGCUACAAUGGGGAGUCAAAUUAUAGAUAGGAAUAUAUAGAGAAAAUAAUUAAAAAUCUUCUCAGAACCAAAUGGCCAGAAAAUAUGUAACCUGUGUGGAAGAAUCCUCGGAGGGGAGGGGUGUAAAUUCCAGUUUGUAGAAAACAUGAUCCCCGGGGGUAUGGUGGGGACACAGUUGGGGGUCGAAUUUUUACAUAGGAAUAUAUAGAGAAACAAAUUUGAAAAUCUUCUCAGAACCAAUUGGCCAGAAAAUCUGUACCUUGUGUGGAAGAAUCCUCGGAGGGGAGGGGUGUAAAUUCCAGUUUGUAGAAAACAUGAUCCCCGGGGGUAUGGUGGGGACACAGUUGGGGGUCGAAUUUUUAGAUAGGAAUAUAUAGAGAAAACAAUUUAAAAAUCUUCUCAGAACCAAUUGGCCAGAAAAUCUGUUCCUUGUGUGGAAGCAUCAUCAGGUAUUGUAGAUUGAAGUUUGUUCAAACCAUGAUCCCCGGUGGUACGGGGGGGGGGGGGGGGGGGUUGAAUUUUUGCAUGGGAAUAAAUAGAGAAAAUAUGUCAAUAUUCGUUGUCCUGAUAUUUUCGAUACUUCAUUAAGUUGAUUUUAUUAUAUCUAGUGUUGCUCAGGUGAGCGAUGUGGCCCAUGGGCCUCUUGUUAUUCAUAAAUAUUUAAGUAAUUGAUGAAUAAAUAAAAGCAUUCAUUAAUAUCAGGAUAGAAUAUAUUGUUAUAUAAACAAAAUGACUUAGAUAAUACAGGGAACUGUGCAAUAUCUCUUAGUAAAUUAGCCAGAGAAGUGGACUGACAACAUUCCUGUCAAAGGUGGAAUAACACACCUGAAAUAGGUCACUCAAGUUAACUGUAAGUUAUAUGAUUAUGAAAGAUAAAAUGAUAUAUAAACUGUAAACAUGUCAAAUUUAUAAACGAAAAAUUUGCAGUUUGGGGAUAAAAAAAUAAUAUCUAAAAAAUUCAAUUCAGUAAGUAACAACAAAAGCCCCUUCGGGAUUCCAACUCGGGAUGUACGGUUCACAAGCCAUAUACUUUAUCCACUCUGUCCACUGCAGUAAGUUGCCGUUGACGAAGUUCUAUUUAAUAAAACGAAAUGUCGUUUUGCUCAGAGGUCAGCCAUUUUGUGAUGAUGUGUUAUUCCACCUUAGGAUAAAGAUAUAACUAAUAUCAUAGCACAGUUAAUUUUGAUUAAUUGUCUCCUAGAUUAGUUGAUAUAGUUUAUUAGCCAGGGAAGUGAAAUGGAAACAUUUCUGUUUAAAAUAUAACUUAGUACUAUAGCAGAUAUAAGUUUUGACCCAUUGUCUCCUUGAUUAAGUUAACUAAACGUUUAACUUGUUUAAUUAAUUUUGUAUCCAAAUAUCCAACAAUGUUGACUUUACUAUGAAUGUGUUGACCAUUACAUCAACUUUUAACAUGUUUUUUUUUCUUUCAUAUUGAUAUUUAUUGUUAUGACAGUUGUUGAUGAUUACUAAAUGUACCUGGUAAUUAAAAUUAAGAUAUAUAAUGAAAUUUAACAGUUGUCUGUGUUGACUUUAACUGAACACUUAUCAUGGUUUCUCGUGUUCUUACUUAUAUUCGUGUUUUUAAAAACUUUUUUAUCAAUAACAAAUAUACACAAUACUUCAUUUAAGUUACUAUAGUAUUUCAUGCAAGCUUAUAAAUCAUGAUCACAUCAUAUUGAUAAACAUGUGCAUACUCAAAUGUUUUUCAUUAAAUAUUUUUUUUCAUUUUGGAUGGAUUGUUAAAGUAAGUUAUAUACUUAUACAACAAGUUGUUAUAUGUAUGUAAUGAUUGUAUAAAGAAAUGUACACCUAUACCACUGAUAUAUGUUGAGAGAAAGAAAGAGAUGUAAUAGGUUUUAUAUAGUAUAUGUAUUAAGAUAGAAAAUAAUGGUUCAUUUAUAUGUAGCUAAUUUAUAUUGAGGGAGAAAGGGAGCGAAUGUGUACGUGAUUUUAUUCGAUAAAUACAUCAUGUUAUAUAUCAUUUCAAGAAAAUAAAAACCUUAAUCUA